CUGACUUCAAACUACCACGACCCCCCUGGCUGUCAUAUUCGACCCCUCUUACAGUACUCACCUUACCUUUUUCUCUACCUUUGUGUAACCAUGAUCGAUCGGUUUGAGGAUACUAAGCGAGGCCGAUUGAGCCUAUGCUAUCGCAUUGUCUACCGAAAUCAUGCGAAAACACUCACAAUGGAUGAAGUACGUCCAUUGCAUCAGGCGGUGGGUCAAUUAGCGCAAUCCCGACUUGGCGUAAAAGUUCGCUGA